AUGCUAUCACAGGCUGGCAAGGAAAUUCUAGUUAAGGCAGUCGCACAAGCAAUCCCCACGUAUGUGAUGAGCUGUUUCCGGCUUCCCAGCUCUCUUUGCAAGGAACUAGAGAUCAUGAUAAGGAAGUUUUGGUGGGGUGGUGAUGAUAGGAGGCACAAGAUCCAUUGGGUAAAUUGGGAGAGACUUUGUAAACCCAAAUUUGGAGGCGGUAUGGGAUUUAGAAACAUCAAGAAGUUUAAUGAAGCUCUCCUAGCAAAGCAAUUUUGGAGACUAUUAAACAACAACAGUACUUUGGCCUACAAAGUAUUCCAACACCGCUUCUUUAAGGAUGGGAAUAUUCUCAAUCUAAAUGACCGAGCUAAGGGGUCAUAUGCUUGGAAUAGUACAAAGGGUGUUAAACAUUUAAUAGAGAUGGGCAAUAAGUGGCGGAUUGGGAGAGGUAAUAAAGUGAAAAUUUGGGGAGACCCAUGGCUGCCAAACUCAUAUACACACAAGGUCCAAUCCCCAGUUAGUCAUUUACCUCAUGAUGCUAAGGUUGAAGAGCUCAUUGAUUGGGAAAACAUGAGAUGGAGAAAUGAUCUAAUUGACCAAAUUUUCUAG